AUGACAGAAUAUUCCCGCCAUGGCUCGACCGCUUCUCGCCGAAGCCCGUCCUCUUCCGUCCCGCCGACCGCCUCUCCGACCGCUUCCCAACAACCCAACAGCGCUCAGCACAAGCGCGUAUAUCAGGCCUGCAUACCUUGCCGCCGACGCAAGGUCCGGUGCGACCUAGGCAGCAGUAAGGAGUGCUUCUUCAGCGCCACUCGUCGCAAGCGCAAGACGGAUGAUGGCCCCGAUACCGAUGCCUACGCAGAUGAAUACAUAAUCCGAAACGGCCGUAAGCGCCUAUAUACCGGUGCCCCCUCUCCGACCCCCGACCGGCGCCAGUACAGCGAAGCCCCUCUUGUUCCUAGAGGGAGCCACGUUCGGCGUGAACCUUUGCGCCGUCCCGAGGGCGCUCGCAGCACUACAAGCACCGGUCGCGCCAGCACGAGUAGUCACCACAGCGACUUUGGUGCCGGAACCGGCGACGACUCCAACGCCCAGUUGGAGAACAUUGAAGCUCAGACCGUAAUGCGCCAGGGCGUAUACGGAACCCACGAUGCUCUUGACCUUCUAUACAAGGCUGCCACUGAUGGGCCUCACGCGACGAGCGAUGACAAGGUCGACGGACCUCCCGCGACCACCACCUCGAACCCUCCACCUGUGAGCACCCACACCGCUCCGCCGCCGCACCGCAACUCGCGAGAUCAUCCGAGGUCUACUAUUCACAAGGGCCCCAAGGUAGAGCCCGGGAUAGACCCGGCUCUGAUUAAGAGAAACCUAGCGACGGAUCCUGGCUACGCCGAAGCUAUCAAGGCCUGGAGCCGCUUCCGCUUCGUCCGCGCCGGCUGGUUUUCCGCUCAGGAGGCCAUUGAAUACAUCGACUACUAUUAUGAAUACCUCUCUCCACUCACCCCUAUCUCACCACCUACUUUCCGUAACCCCGGCUCCCACCUUACCUUGCUUACCGAGGAGCCUGUGCUGACCGUAACCCUGCUUACGAUCGCGUCGAGAUUCCGAAAGCUCUCGGGCACCGGCGGAGAGUGCCGCGCAAACGCCAUCCACGAGCAGCUCUGGUCCUAUCUCCGGGGCAUGAUUGAGCGCUGCUUGUGGGGCCAGGAGGCUUUUGGUGGUGGGAGUCUGCGAACUCUUGGCACUAUCGAGUCGCUCAUGAUACUCACGGAGUGGCAUCCUCGCGCACUUCACUUUCCCGCCCCUGAAGCCAUUGACGAGCUGAUGCUACCAUCGUACGAUCGAACGGACCCCAGCUCCUUUCUCAAUGACGACAGUGCGCAGCGCCACGCCGGAGUGGGUGGGAAGAGGAUUGAGAGCUGGCUGGAGCCGGCGUGGAGAAGCGAUCGCAUGUGUUGGAUGCUCCUCAGCACGGCUACUGGUCUUGCGUACGAGCUCGGCGUUUUUGAUGACAUCGACGAGCUACUGCGAGACGGGGCCAUCACUCGUCCGGAAUAUGAGGAGGAAGCCUACCGCCAACGCGCCUAUCGUAUCAAGAGGCUGCUUCUUAUCUACGUUACACAGCUCGCUGGAAGGCUGGGCUGGACCAACAUGGUCCCCGAGUCCCUACGGAAAAGCGACCCCGCAGUCUCGCGUAGGCGGCCGACAACCGUCGAGGGGGCAACACCCGUAACAAAUCCGUCCUCUCUAUCCAAUUCCUUCAACUAUAUUCCCGACCUCGAGUUGGAUGACCAAAUAAUCCACUGCUGGGCAGGAAUCAGCAACGCCAUGCACAUAGGAAAUGAGAAGCUCUUCAAAUCGAGGAAACAUACGGCCGACAUCAUCCAGAGCGGCAAGUAUAUCGAUAUGCUCAAGGAGUUCCAUCCCAUCCUGCGAGAGUGGCACACCGAGUUUGAGCGCUUCCGCCUGCCUCCCUAUAUCCGCUACAUCUUGAGCAUCGAGUACGAAUAUGUCCGUAUCUACGUCAACUCCCUUUCCCUCCAGGCCGUCGUGGAGCCUUUCCCCCAGACGCAAAAUUACUUUGGGAAGCUGCCGCUCGGCCAGCUGGGCGGCUUUUCCGUUGUUGACCAGGAAUACAUCAAGGAGGUCGUAAGCGGCUGUCGCAGCCUCCUCAGAAUCGUGGUGGACGGUCUUUUGCCUGGAGGCUACCUCAAGCACGCCCCAGUCAGGACCUACUUUCGCAUUAUUAGUGGUGCGAUGUUUUUGCUCAAAACCUUUGCUCUCGGCGCGCCUCGGGCCGAUGUCAAGCUCAGCAUUGACCUCAUGGAUAGCACGGUCGAGGCUCUACGAAACUGUGUGGCACCGACCAUUGCGCAGGCGGCCUCUGCCGAUGCCAGAAGCGACCACGAGUCGACCGCCGUUCCUGGAACGAACGGCAUCGGUGCGCAGACCACUAGUGACGCCAACGGCUGGCCUCUGGAUGCCACCAAACUUCGAGGUGACAUUAAUGGACACGAUCGUCUCGGCUCACCGGCGCCAGCAACCAUUUCCGCAACGCCAUUUGACCUCAGUACCGGGACAUUCCCAUACCCAUCUGGGACCGCUUCGGUCCUUAACCCCUCGACACCCGCUGCUAUCGACAGCGUGGUCGAGGGUGGACCUAACGGCACCGGGGCCGGCAGUGGCGGCAACGUUGCUAGUGCCUUUGAUGAAUGGAACACACCAGGCAACGAGAUGUGGUAUCUCCCCCUGGGUGUCAAUGUGGGUGGCAUGGAUCUUUUGGAGUACAUGGUUAUGGACCAGCCCUUCACAAACCUUGACGGGCACUCGUAUGGUGGGUCGUGA